UUUGUUUAACCCUUUCACCACUACAUUCAUUCAUUCAUUCAUUCAUUAGUUUUACUUUAUUUAUCGUCAAAAACAUAAAAAUCAUCAAAAAAUAUAUUAAAUGUGUCUAAACUUUAUAAUUUUUGUGAUAACAAUAUUAUAUUUAUUAAAUGAUCAUGUUAAUUCAUCACCAUCACCACCAUUAUCAUCAUCAAAACGUCCCAUCUAUAACAUAGCACAUAUGGUCAACUCGAUUGGCCAAAUAGACACAUACCUGGACAGAGGUGCCAAUGCUAUUGAGUCGGACGUACAGUUUCUCAGUGACGGCACACCUGUCUAUUUAUUUCAUGGCUUUCCAUGCGAUUGCUUCCGGGACUGCACUAAAUGGUCAUCAUUUGAUAUGUUUAUACAGUACGUCCACAAUAUAACUACACCAAAGAGUAAAAACUAUAGGGAAAGGUUUGUCCUAUUAUUACUUGAUCUCAAACUACAAGGACUGAGUUCAGAGGCCAAAAGGACUGCCGGCAACAAAAUGUUUACACUAUUAUUGAGAAACCUGUUGAAUGGUAGCACCAAACAGCCAGACACCCGGGUCAAGGUUGUACUAAGUAUACAACGUUAUACCGAUGAAUCAUUUAUAGAUGGCUUUACCAGUGCUAUGAGUAAACAUAGUAUGGAUCACUUGAAUGAGUUUAUUGGUUGGGAUAUCAGUGGCAAUGAACCGCUCGAUUCAAUCGUAUCAGUUUUUAAACGUCAAACCAUACAAAACGUUUGGCAAAGCGAUGGCAUUACAAACUGUAUAAGUUUUGUCAAUCCAUUUGACCGAUUGUUGGCCGCUAUCGGACUCAGAGAUCAAAAGGAUAGGCCGUUAGUAAAAAAGGUUUAUCACUGGACUAUUGACUUACAUUUUUCACUGCGAAAUUCACUCAGGACUGGUAUCGAUGGCAUUAUAACCAAUUAUCCGGAACGGUUGGUCACUGUUUUAGAUGAAUCAGAAUUUUUCACUGAUAUGCGAUUAGCCCAAUACAAGGAUAAUCCGUGGAUUAGAUAUAAACAGAUUACAGCAAUUGAUUCAAACGAUAAUACCAUUACCAGACUU